AUGCCACCUCUCAUCACAGUUCCAAACUCUUCUCCACAACAAAAACAACCUCUCCUUCUCACCAUCAUUUACAUCUUUUUAUGGGCAGAACCUUUUUUAAAUGAACUCUUUCUUGGAUCUUUCAUGUACUUGAUUCCAACCAGUCCAUUCUUUCUCAGUUAUUUCACACGAAACAUCUUACCUCCGAAUUUGACCUUGUCUCUCCUCCAACAAUUAUUUACGUUGUAUCCAUGUGAUGAAAAUAUUCACUUUUUAAUGAGAUUUAUCGGAAUGAUGUUGAUUGCUUUUGGAUUUAUGCACGUGAUGCUUUUCAUUACAUGUAAAGUGUUGGCACAGAAGGAACAAAAGACGUUGGUUCAAUUGGGACUUUUCCAAUGGAGUAUUGUGUUCUUGUUGGUCGGAGAUUGUUUGCACAUUGCUUCCGUGUUGAUGGAAAAGGGUUCGCUGGAAACCAAGAUGGUCUCCCAAGUGAUUGUUUCUGUGAUGAGCGCGACAUUGAGAUUUUUGUAUUUGGUCGUCUAUGUAUUGCCAGAGAAAUGGAAUGGAAACAAGAAGCAGAAUUAA